UGUCUAGAACCCCCUCUCUCUCUCUCCAACCCCUUGUCCUCCUCUCUUCUCUCUCACUUUCUUGUGUUGUUCAUUCCUGAGCAUUCUGUUACAGUUGCAAGUAACUCAAACCACAUUGUAACCACAUUUUUUUUUCAGUUUGGCCAGGCUGCAGCUCAAAAUAUUCUUUGAAGAUCUAGCUAUCGUUCCCUCCUUCGACAUCAUUUUCUAACAAGACGAAAAGGGCGUUCCUGUGACAGAUACACAAACAGACGAGUAUAAUGGACCAAAAACAUGAAAUGGAAAUUGACAUGGAAACAGAUGACCUGAAGCGAAAACCUGGGCAGACAGAACAGCAGGAGGAGAGCAGGAGCGCCGAUGCCUUCGCAGAGCUGUUCUCCCAGCGUGAGGGAAAGCUACAGGGCUACCUCCAGGAACUGGAAAGCAUUGCAGGCAGAAUAAUGGAUACACACCAGAGCACUGCCUUGACCAAGACCAUUGGCAGAUCUGCCGGUGCUCUGAGCAAGACUCUUGCCAUGUCCGGGCUCGCCCUCUCUCCUUACACUGGGGGUGCCUCCACAGCACUUACAGCAGCAGCAGUGGUGGUCAGGAAAGCAGGCGGUCCCAGGGGGCCUAUAGCUAGCAUCACAGAAACAACCCGCCGCGCCUUGGACGAGAAGAAAGCGAGAAAAAUCUUCCAGAGGUAUGCAGAAGAGCUAGCCCACGUUAAAGCAUGUUUGGAGGCCAGCAAAACGGAGCAGAAAGGUUCGUCAGACCAGGCAGGCGUGCUGGAAGACAUGCAAUUAAAACCUGCCAGUUUCAUUCCUGGCAACAAGGUUGUUAAGGUAUUGAACAACCCAGCUCUGAAAAAAACAGCAAAGGGUUUGCUAACUGGCAAAAUGGGAAAGUCAGACAUGAAUGUAGAAUGCUUAGCCAGCGUAGCGCGGGCUGUCUCUGAUAUCUCCUCUCUCUAUAAUGGAAGCAGAGAAGAGGUUGCUAUGAAGAUACUGCAGAGAGUAAGUGAAUUGAGGAGCGAGCUGGAUUCAUACAGAGAGCUGCGUGAUGCAUUGGGAAAGGGUCAGCAGGAACAGGCAAAUACACACACACACACUGAUACUAAAUAGAUAAAUAACUCACCUGGUAAAGGCACAACUAUGUGAGGUGUAGGGUGAAUCAUACACACCCUGUAAAGAGGUGACUGGCUUAGGGAUUGCAGGAUUUGAGCUGAUGUGGGGAAUUACUGCAGUGAGGGGGUGUAUCUGGGUAAUACAGUCUAUCAGUUGACAAAGCUUCACCUGUAGGCUUUCACACAAACAGAUUUCCAAUACCUCCAAGUUGCUUGUUUUUUUGGUGAAAUGGAUUUGUUGAUCAAACUUUAUUAUAAGACCAUUACUAUAAUAUUAAUUACAAUGGGCUCUGAAAGGUUUUUUUUUUUUUUUUAAGACUGUUUUGUUUAGGACUGUUUAUCGAAUGAUUAAAUCAAAUUUGCAGUUCAUGUAACAAAGAAGAAGAGAAUGUUUAUAAACUGUCUAACAAAACAACCCAUAAAAUAACAGUCCUUAAAAUUACAGUCCUUAAAAUAUCAGUCCUUAAAACAUUCCUUAAAACAGCCUCUACACAGAUCCCAAUAUCCUCAUAUUUACACACAGAACUGAAAAAGAGGCACAGCGAGACUGUGAGUAACAUUCGACAGCCGUUACUAUGACAGCGAGAUGGCACUGGACACAGCAGGACAUGUUACCAUGGAAACAAU